GGAGUAAUAACCAUUCAUUGUUUUUGAAAGGUUUGAUUGUUUUUUAUUAACAUUUAAAUCUGAUUGGUUAGAUUUAACGUGCUCCCUUUUCAGCUAGCUGAACAUCACUUAUUUUUUUCACCUUGUUGCUCUCUCUCUCUCUCUCUUUUUUAAAAAACUUAAAUGACUACCACCGAAAGAAAAAAACCGACCUUAACGGGAAGUCAAGAUCUAUUGGCUUACUUUAAUCUUAUACCCAUUUACAACAGAGUUGUUAAACCUUUUCCACCGCCCGACAGAGCAGCAGGUUUAGAUCAUUCAUUAUUUCCUUACAUUUCCGACUUGCCUGGUAGAACCGAUGUCGAGCAUGAUGGGUAUUUAUUGAAUUUACUACGAGAUCCACAAGCAGUCGAGACAGGACCAGAUAUUCGACCGUUGGAUACAGAGACAUUAAAAGACGCGUUCUCGUUAAAAGAAGGACCAGUGCCUGGCGUAUGGGAGUUUUUCUUUCUCACUCAAUUACCUUUUUUUUUAACAUUUAAAAUUUUUAUAGUUUGAUGCUUCUGUAUUAGGAACGGAUGACGGAGGAAACGGUAAUGGGUCGUCUUCGAAUUCGAAUCAUUACAUGUUGGAUAAACAUCAAUACAUAACCAACGAAAUGGACGGCGAGAAAAAGCACAAGAAAAAGGUAAGCUUGUUUUAAAGACGAGGUACAUGAAGCUGAGUGUACGAAAAAAAAAAAAACCUGUAGAAGAAGAAGAGAAAGCAUGGUCAUGAAGAUGAAGAACAUUCGCAUGGAGACCAUAAAAAGAAAAAGAAGAAGAAGAAGGAUAGAGAACGUCGUGAUGAAUCACUGAUUAUCG